AUGAAAGUUUUCUGUGAUAUUUGUUACGAGCUAUUCGACGAGUACAGCAAUGUGGCAGCAAUAACUUGUGGUCAUGUCUUCCACCAAGAUUGCAUUUCUGAUUGGUUCGUGUAUGCUCAGUCUUGUCCAAAGUGUAGGAGCUUCGUAGAACAAAAUAAUACCAGAAAAUUGUUUUUCAGUAUAUCGCCUAAUGAAGAAAUGAGUAAAGAACAAAUAGAAAACGAAAUUGGGAACUUGAAUGCUACCGUGAAAAUGAUGACGAUGGAUAUUGCAAACAUGAAAAAUUUUGAUAAAGUUACGAAAUUGACUUUACAAGAUAUUAAACUGGGAAUAAAGCAACUUGAAUCUAGUAUUGAUCAUCUUCGUUUACAACAGAGGAAAGAACUAGAACACGUCCAGAAGUGCAUAAAAUUACUUUUAAAUUAUUUUCAUAUAAUAAUACGCUACCUCGUACAUGAUACGAAAGACUAUGCUUUGAAUGAAAAACGCCUAAACUCUGAAACAGCUAAUCCAAAAGAAACGCAUGAAGAAUACAAAAAGAUAACAGAACCAGGAAUAACGUUAAAAAAUUCUAAAGAUUUCCUCAUGAAUAAAAAGUUUAAGGUGUUUAAUGAAACGCAUGACGUAAAAUGUAAAAUUUCCGAAUACAGGGACAACGAACACAUAUGUAACUCUUCGAUAACCAAAAAAGAAACUGAUGCAGAAAGAAAAGAACUAGGAUACCAUUUGAAUAAUACAAGUGUUCAACAUUUUGAUUCGUUGAAAACAAGUAAAGGGCGAUUAUUACAUGUAGCAACUAUUGGCUGUAACUCGAACUCCUUUGACUUAUCCGAUUUGCAAGAACCAGCACAGCCAGAAAUGGAGCAACCUUUUAUGAGGGAUAGAUAUUUCAGCAGCAGUGGGCAGCCAGAUCUGUGUCUGAAAUCAGAAACAACGCAUAGUCAAUUUAAUGAAAUUUUCCUAACUGAAGAAAGCAAUUCACGUCCAGAAAUGAUACAUACUCAGUCUAAUCAAGACUUUGUAUCAGAAGGAAGUAGCGACGAAUUUGAUACAUUUGAGUGA